AUGGAUACACCCGGCUUCGACCCGAACACCGAAGAGAACACGUUCCGGGAAAUCGUCCGUGGGGUAAAAUCCAUCCGGCCUUUCGCCCGCAUCACCGGCCUCCUAUACCUCACCUGCAUCCCCCAAGAACGGUUCGAUGGUUUUGACCGCAAGUUAAUCCAGUUCAUCCGCGUCCUGAGUGGGCCGCAGUACAUCCCCCGUGUCACGUUUAUCACAACGUUCUGGACCGCGACCACCGGACAGGCGGCAGCUUAUAGCCAGCGCCUUGCCGAUCUUUGCCGCAGGUGGGAGGAUGGCGUUGGUGUACGGCGGUUGCAGACGUAUCAGCAUGGAUGGGAGUAUGAUGGCGCUGGUGAGUAUAAAGGCGUAAUUAUCGAUUGGUUUGUCAACCGGGAGCAGAUUGCGCGACAUGCGGGGGAGAUGGUGGCGAGGAAUUAUGGCAGUCCGACAGUCGUCGCUUCGAGGAUCGAGGAGGAACUAGAUGCUAAUAUGCCCAUUCAUAAAACGGAAGCCGGGAGGUUGCUUGGGCUGUCUGCUCCGUCGCGAUUCUCCACAAGCGCUCAUGCAGCGGGAAAACGGGAUCACGAUGACCUCCCUCAGACGGGAACCUCUAUCCCGGAACCCCCUCUGGCCGGACAAACAUCUAGCACUCCAAAUCAACAGCCAACAUCCACCCCGCCGCAUGGCAUUUCGCUUGGCCAAGUGGUUCUCGAGGGACUCAGCUGGUUUUUCCGCAACGUUAAUCCUGGCAGUGGGGCUGGAGGUGCCGGACCAAAACCGACCAUGGUUAGCGGCGAUCCAUUCAGAGGGGGUGGAGAUCCCCUGUCUCAUGUCGACUUGAUGAAAUCCAGAGGCCUCGACUGGAGCAGAGAGGGAAGGUUGGCAUAUGCUCAGCAGCAUGGAAUUGGAGGCGUGCCUUUUUCUGCGUCCUGGGGUGAUGCCAUGUUGAAACAUCUUCAAAGGAACAGGUGA